GUUUGCAACUCCAAAAUUAAACCAUGCUCAUAAUAAGAAUGUGGGCAUCUCUGCCGGCGGUGGUCGCCGCCGCCGUCAUUGCUACCGGUCACAUCGGCGCCGCCGUGGCGAUCACAUCAAUGUAUGUCCUGGGAGACUCCUCCGUCGACUGCGGAGACAACACUCCCUUCUAUGGCCUCCUCCAUGGCUCCCUCUCCCUCUUCCCCUGCAAUGGCUCCGACUCCACUCUCCUCCCCCACCUCCUCGCAAAGAAGAUGGGGCUCCCGAAAACGACGCCGUUCUACACGCAGAACGGGACGUUCUCGGCCAUUCUCAACGGCGUAAACUUCGGGUCGGCGUCGGCGACGAUCCUCCACGGCAGCAGCCAGACGUACCAAACGCUGAAUCAACAGCUCCGGCAGGCGUUCGAGACGAUUCAGCUCGUGCGCCUCCAUCUCGGCGAGGCUGCGUCGCGCCAAUUCGUCGAAUCCGCUGUCUUCUACCUCUCCUUCGGUAAAGACGACUUCAUCGACUACUUGCUCGGCAAUUGGUCCGUCUCUGGCUACCGAUACUCCGGCCGAGAAUUCACCCACAUUUUAGUCCGCCAGAUGACCAACGCCGUUCGAAACCUUUACGAUUCCAACGUCCGCAAGUUCAUCUGCGCCGGCGUCGUGCCUCUCGGAUGCUCCCCGCAAUUGCUGCUUCAGUUCGACAGGCUCAGCGCCAACUGCGUCGAUGACGUUAACAUUCUCGUCGAGGACUACAACGCCAGGCUCGAGGAAAGCCUCGCCGCGCUUGGCGAGGAGCUCCGUGACACCGUCAUCAUCUUCUGCGACGUCUACGCCGCCAUGAUGGAGCUCAUCACCAAUCCUCUCGCCUACGGAAUCGAGGACGUGGCGAAUGCGUGCUGUGGAGAAGGCGGAUCGGGCGAAGCUGCCGGGUGUGUGUCGCCGGGAAUGGCUUGUCUCGACGCGUCGACGCAUGUCUGGUGGGACUUGUACAAUCCGACGCCUGCUGUUAACGCCAUGGUGGCUAACUCGGCCUGGUCGGGACGACCCUUGUCGUCCGUCAGCCGGCCUAUUACCGUGCGAGAAUUGAUCUCCCCUUAGAUAUCAGCAUAUAUAUAU